GUGGAAGCAACUCCCUUUUAUAUUUUAAGUCACAUUUUUGUCUCUGAGAGUAUUAUAGGUAAUAUUAAUAAAAAAACGUCAUAUUUGAUUCCACAAAUCGAUGGCUUUGAUGAUUUGAUAAGGAAAAGUGUGUUGAUGCAUUAGAAAUGAAGUUGUACAUGAUAGGAAAUUAUGAUGCAUUCAAAAUAAUUUCACCUGCUUCAAGAAAAGAAGAAGAAGAUCAUCUGAACAUGUAGAAACAUAGGAAUGGCACUUAUUAGUGUGAAAAGAAGCCUAUUUGCUUUGCUUGUAUCAAACCAUGAAGACAAGAAAUAGAUUUGAUGAGACUGUAGCGGCGGCUACAAGAGUAGCACGGACCCCUCGAGCGGUGGCGCCACUGGAUUUGUCGUUCCCCGCCGCCUCAGCAGGCGUUGGCGCUGCAGAUGAUGGAGCGGGUGCCGGAGAUUUCAUCUUCCUUGGGCUAGGUGCGGAGGGGCUCGCAGCCGGGGGCCUAGUUGGGCUUGCAGCUGGGGGCCUAGUUGGGCUUGCAGCCGGGGGCCUUGAUGGGCUUGCAGCCGGGGGCCUAGUUGGGCUUGCAGCAGGAGGCUUGGCUGGGAUUGCACCGGCAGGGCUAGGCGCAGGAGGCUCUGCCGGGCUUGCGUAAGGAGCUCUGCUUGGGCUCGCACCUGGAGCUCUGCUUGGGCUCACAGCAGGAGAUGUUUUUGGGCUGGCAGCGGGAGGUAUGACUGGGCUACUAACAGGCCCUGCACGCAAAGUGCCGGAAAUAUUGAUGGAAAGACAAAGUGAAAGAUGUGGAUCAAUUGUAGAAUCAAAAGUGGAAUAACUGGAAUUUAUUCAAAAGCAAAACAGUGGCUGAUAGACAAUUUGACAUAACCAAAAGUCCCCUGUAUUUAAAGGAGUAUGUUUAUCGGGCUUAAAUUGAAAAGGAGAAGCAUCAAAGAGGAUUGAUUACCGGAGUUAAUAUCUAUGCCGGAAGGAAGUAUAACAUUGCUGAUCUGCAACAAGGAGAAAUUAUAUGGUUGUGAAACAAGAGAUGUAACUAGACUGGACUGUGCCAAGGCAGCAGAUGUGAAGCCAACGUUCCCUGACCCAAAACCUGUUAUGUUUAUGUAGCCUUGCUGAUUAUUCAAAGAUUUACCGCUGCUCGUGAAGAGCGUUGCCACCGUCACACUCCUGUUCCCCAACCUCUGGAGCGUUGGAGCGUCAAAGUAAUCAAGAAUCACAUGAGCGCUCAUGAUUCUUUUUAGAACAUUUGGCGCCUUACCGGAAAGAGAUGUGGAGAUGUUAGCAUUGUCCACCGCUAAGACAGUGACAGGAGGCGCGUGGGAGUUGAUGGUUGUCGCGAUCUCGGUUCGAGUUAAGUAGCCGUUGAACAUGCUGAAAGAGGGGUAACUUUCAAGGACUGCAGUGAUGUUAUAGGAUGCAACACUGCUAAAUACAACCGCGGUAUAAAAGAAGAAGAAAAAUGUGAUCAUCUUCGAAUCCAUAUUUUGCAGUUCAAUUAUUGUGCACGUUUGUUUUUCUUACGCAUAUAUUUACCGUUAUUGAUUCUUUCUCUCUUUUGUGGUGGUACUAUUUCAAUGUCUUGAACUCUA